AUGAAUACUGAGAUGCUUUCUGAGCUUGAAAAUUCACUUCCUAAGUUUGAAAACAUUAAUGAAUGCUCCAACUCCCCUGGUAUCUGUGUGUUUGGUCAGUGCAUCAAUGUUCCAGGUAGCUUCCUCUGUGAUUGUGACCCAGGCUACAUGCUUAACAUAGACAUGAUAGAAGGAGAUACCUGCGAAGAUGUGGAUGAGUGUGAAAGCGCCAUUCAUGAAUGUCCUGAAAAUGCUCAUUGUGUGAACAACAUAGGAUCCUACGGGUGCAAGUGUAAUCAAGGGUUCAUAGCAGACGGUUCUACAUGUAUUGAAUCUUGUUCUGACCCGUGCAUGAAUGGAGGGACUUGUGAGGGAGGCACUUGUACUUGCCUUGAAGGAUUUACUGGCACUGCAUGUGAGGAAAAGAUUACAUCAGUAACGUGCGAAAGUGACUCUAUGACCGUUAUCAUACAUAUUGAUCUUUUUGUCGGCAUUGACCCAGAAGAUGUUCAUUUUCGAGACAGUACCUGCCCAUCUUCCCGUACCAAUUCUACUCAUAUAGAACUUAGUACGAAGUAUGACGAGUGUCUUACCACCAGAACGGAAAAUGAUACAACCAUUACAUUUUCGAAUGUCAUCGCUUAUUUCAUGCCUGAGCCUAUACCUGGCACUGAUAUCACCCGUCAAUACCAGAAGCAGCUUGAGGUUUCGUGCUGUCUCGACAAGACAUCGCAAGUGGGUCAAUCUUUCAAACCGACGCUUGGUAAAGUAAAAUUUACCGACAAGGGAUCCGGUCACUUCCGCCUGAACAUCGCAAGGUUCAUGGACGAGUCCUUUGAUGAGCCCGAAUAUGACAACGCCGAGGUCCAGCAAAGCCAGGCGCUCUACUUCGGAGUCCACCUUAGAUCAGUUGAAGAAGUUGGUAUGUUUAUCGAAGGAUGCUGGGCGACGGCGGGCCCAGGUGGUGAUUCUACUCCAAGACAUGAUCUGUUUACUGACAGAUGCCCUUCUGAUUUGGAUGAAACGGUUCAAGUUUUUUUUCCGGAUGAAACUGAUCAAGAAGGAUUUAAGUUUGACGCAUUUGCCUUUGUUGGAGAUCAUAACAUGGUAUACAUUCACUGUGAAGUGAUGGUGUGUAUGAAUGAAGAGGCCAAGGUGUAUCGAGAUUGCUCCGACAUUCGCGAUGAGGGACGCAAACGUCGUUCUUCUUCAUUCCUUUCCACCCAAACGAUAAGUAGCGCACCGGUUCGCGUCAGCCGCUCAACCAACGACAUGGCUACUAGGGAUCUGUCUGAAUACAAUUCGUUUGGGAUGUUCCUCAUUGGAUUGUUUGCAACCGUGGUUGCUAUAGCAAUCCUGAUGGGCGUGGUCAAGCUAAUCGGUCGUCCAACUGGCAUCAACUAUAAGCGAGUCCCAACUGCUUCCAUGGAAGGGAUUUAGAAGCGAUUAACGACCAGAGUGGAAUUCAUAUUCGGAGUGACGUCGCGUGAAUUACCGCGCUACUUGGAAACUUUGAACCCGUAUCACAAAACUUAGCAAUGGUCGUAUAUUUUUUUACGAUUGAUUGCAUUGACUACAAUGCACUAAUCGUUAAAAAAAUCCAACGUACGAUCAAUCGUUAUGCUUUGUCUUACGGAGCCUUGAUGCGCAAGGUCAAGGGUCAAAUCAUUAACAUUUCAAAAGUUAUCUCAAUACAAUUAGAAAAGUUCAAAUAUGUUUAACGUUCCUUAACUUGAAAUACAGAAAUAUUAUUGGAAAGAAAAAAAAUCCGCUGAUAUUAUCCUCACAAACAUACCACUCUGGCGGCAUCACAGAAAGGCAUAGAAAUUCUCCUUACUUAUAACAAGCUAUUGAAGAGGCAUAGAAUAGCACUUAUUAUUCAACUGUAAUGAUAAUUAUGAUUCAUUUAAGUAUUUAUUCUUACUUUACUGUAGUGCUGGUUUGGGGCUUAUAUUUGAUAUUUUUGCAUUGUGUUUAAUGUAGGUUAAUGGAAGACUAAGAAAAUUAGUAAAAUCAUUGUAAGAAUUAAUUCAAACAUAAUCGUAUCAUUCUAUAUAUUUGCACUCAUUAUAUUGUUUGAUGCUCCUGGACGAAAACAACAUCAAGAAUCGAUGAAUCAAACAAUA